UUAGAGGGACAGUUACUUUCCCAUGCCCAUGGUCAGACGAUGCUAAAGAAUGUUCUAAGUUGUUCAUAUGCAGAACUGGCUAAAAGAAAGUCCUAUUUUGAAUAUUACACUUCAAAGGUGUGGUCUAUACAGUAACCAAGACCCACUGAAUUUAGUGCUAUCCUUGUCCCACUUUCACCAUCGAGGCUUCAUGAGACCAAGGAAUUUCUGACUUAAAGAAUCUCUGACAUUUAAGUUAACAUCAGGUAUUAUCAGCCACCAUGCACUGGCUACAGUUUAGCUGUUGGUGUUUGGUAAAUCUUACAGUGGCUCUAACCACUGCCCUACAGUUGAACCAGAAGCCUCGUUUCUAUGGAGUCAAGGCCGGCCGAAGUGUAAUAAUUUACUGUGUGGCUCCAGACCAUACUCAAAAUGCUCAAGUGGAAUGGUACAAAGCCCCUAAAUAUAAUACACCCCCUGUGGAAAGAGAAAUAGUUACUGAGGGGCAGCAGAUCCAUAUGAGGGAAAAGAGUAUGACACAAAACGCUUCAAUCAGCUUUCGAGAUUUGACCACUGAAGCCAGUGGGGUGUACUUCUGCAAAAUGAAUCAUACCUGGGGCCCAGGGACAGAGUUGCAGGUGUUUAGACCAAACAACCUUAAUGGUGCAGUGUAUAGGAGCAACAUGAAGGAUGCUCUGAUCCUGAUCCAAGCCUUUCUGUUGACACUAUGCGUUGUUGCUCCCUUGAUACGUAGCCAAACCUUAUUCAAGAAAGAGGAGACCGUUUAUGAAGAGCCUGAACAUGACCACAUCUAUGAGGGCUUGGAGAUAGAGCACUGUGGGGGUGGAGUGUACGAGGACAUCUCAGCGUAUGCGCAGCCUGAUCAGGCCGGGGCUGCCUGGGCCCAAGAGUAAGCUGGCCUGGGCCUGACCUGUAUUAACGCUGUAUAACGACUGCCAAAGAUUCUAUGUUUAAAACAUGGGAUUUAAUUUAUAAUUUAUCAAAUGUCACAAGAUGCCUGGUUAUGAUAGAUUGGGAAUGUAAGACUAAGCAUCUAUCUAUGUCAGGGUUGUGCUUUACUGUACAUGAGGGCUGUGUUUAUUGCUGAGCUUUGCCUUCUAAAGGUAAUGCUUCUCUGAGGAUUUCAUGCCUUAUGCAUAAUAUCACAGCCUGCUUUUUUAUCCGUGUGUACAUUGUACUUUCUAAUUAAUACCACUAGGUGGCAUACCACUAUCUUGUAUGUACCACAGUGAUCAUUAAUUUUGUCUACACAGGAGACAUUUUACUAUAAUGUAAGGCAUAUUUUUAUGUCUGGAACAUAAAUUGUUUAAAGAUGAAUUUGAUUCAGUGUGUUCUUAUUAAUAUGCCCGACUGCUUAGGUGCACCUGGUAUAACAUGUUUGGUAUAUAUAACAAUUUAUGUGAUUGUUUUAGUAGACACAUAAUUAGAUCAGUAAUUGUUCUAAAAUGCAUUUAUUAAUAAAGU